AUGGAACUUGUGGAUCUGGGAUGCUCUGUCCAUGCUUGUUCGGCUGAUGCUCUCAUUCUUCCUUUCCUUCUAGUUUUCCACCUGUCAAGGAAGGUGACGUCCAUCGUCCCAGAGAGCUGCCUCCUCAUCCUGCUGGGGCUGGGCCUGGGGGGCAUCGUGUUGGCCGUGGCGAAGAAAGCUGAGUACCAGCUGGAGCCCAACAUGUUCUUCCUCUUCCUUCUGCCCCCCAUCGUCCUCGACUCAGGCUACUUCAUGCCCAGCCGGCUGUUCUUCGACAACAUCGGCGCCAUCCUCACCUACGCGGUGGUGGGCACGCUCUGGAACUCCUUCACCACCGGCACCGCGCUCUGGGGGCUGCAGCAGGCCGGGCUCAUGGAUCCAGGUGUUGAAGCUGGGCUGAUGGAUUUCCUGCUCUUCGGCAGCCUCAUCUCAGCUGUGGACCCUGUGGCAGUGCUGGCCGUCUUCGAAGAGGUCCAUGUAAAUGAGACCCUCUUCAUCAUCGUGUUUGGCGAAUCCCUCCUGAACGAUGCUGUCACCGUGGUGCUGUACAAGGUCUUCAACUCUUUUGUGGAGCUGGGCCCAGCACACAUCCAUGCCACGGACUACGUGAAGGGGGUAGCCUCCUUCUUCCUGGUGAGCCUCGGGGGCACAGCCGUGGGGCUGCUCUUCGCCUUCCUGCUGGCCCUGAUCACGCGGUUCACCAAGCGUGUGCGCAUCAUUGAGCCGCUCUUCGUCUUCCUCCUGGCCUACGUCGCCUACCUUGCUGCCGAGAUGGUCUCCCUCUCCUCCAUCUUGGCAGUCACCUUCUGUGGGAUCUGCUGCAAGAAGUACGUGGAAGCCAACAUCUCCCAGAAAUCCCGCACCACGGUCAAGUACACCAUGAAGACACUGGCCAGCAGUUCAGAGACCAUCAUCUUCAUGUUUCUGGGCAUCUCGGCUGUGGAUACCUCCAAGUGGGCAUGGGACACAGCACUGGUGCUGGGCACCCUGUUCUUUAUCCUGCUCUUCAGAGCUGUGGGCGUUGUCCUCCAGACCUACGUGCUCAACCGCUUCCGCCUCAUCCCCCUGGACAGGAUCGACCAGGUGGUCAUGUCAUACGGUGGCCUCCGCGGAGCUGUAGCCUUCGCCCUGGUCAUCCUGCUGGACAGGGAGAAGGUGAAAGCCAAGGACUACUUUGUGGCAACGACCAUCGUGGUGGUGUUCUUCACUGUCAUUGUGCAGGGCCUGACCAUCAAACCCUUGGUGACGUGGCUGAAGGUGAAGCGCAGCGACCACCACAAGCCCACGCUGAACGAGGAGCUGCAUGAGCACGCCUUUGACCACAUCCUGGCAGCGGUGGAGGACAUCGUGGGACACCAUGGCUACCAUUACUGGCGGGACAAGUGGGAACAGUUCGACAAGAAGUACCUGAGCCAGCUCCUGAUGCGGAAAUCUGCCUACAGGCUGCGGGACGAGAUCUGGGAUGUUUACUACAAGCUGAACAUCCGUGAUGCUAUCAGCUUCGUUGACCAGGGUGGCCACGUGCUCUCGGCCGCCAAGCUGGCCCUGCCCUCCAUGCCCAGCCGCACGUCCAUGUCGGAGUCAUCAGUCACAAACCUCCUGAGGGAGAGCGGGAGCGGCGCCUGCCUGGACCUGCAGGUGAUCGACACGGUGCGGAGCCGCCGGGACAAGGAGGACGCUGCCAUGCACCACGUGCUGCGAGGGAGCCUCUACAAGCCCCGCCGGCGGUACAAGGCCAGCUACAGCCGUCACUUCAUCUCUCCAGAUAAACAAGAGCGCCAAGAUAAAGAAAUCUUCCGGCAGAACAUGAAGAGGCGGCUGGAGACCUUCAAGUCCACAAAGCACAAUGUCUGCUCCUCCAAGAGCAAGGCCAGGCUGAAGGAAAAGGGCAGGAAAAAGAAGAACAUCUCUCUGACCAGCGAUGCACCCAAUGGGAAGACACACAGAAACGUCCCCUGGCAGGAGGCAGCUCCUGUCCUGGUGAUGGUCAGCUCAGAGGAGGAGGAGAGUGAUAGCUCGGAGACAGAGAGAGAGGACGAUGAAGGGAUCGUAUUCAUCGCUCGGGCCACCGAUGAGGUCCUGCAGGGAAAGACGACUCCUGGCAGCAUGGACGUCUGUCCCAGCCCCUGCAUCAUCCCACCAUCACCCACCUUGGCAGAGAAGGAGCUGCCGUGGAAAGGAGACCAGGCUGAUCUGGCCGUUUACGUCUCCUCGGAGACCACCAAAAUCGUGCCAGUGGAUAUGCAGAAGGCGUGGAACCAAAGCAUUUCCUCCCUGGAGAGCAUCGCUUCCCCUCCGGGCAUCGAGAGCGGACCCCAGCAGAGGAGAUUCGCCUGCCCUGUGCUGGAGGAGCAACCCCAGUCUGCGAGCCAGGCGACGCCGGAGCAGAGCUCCCACUUCCAGUUCCCCAGCCACGUCCCUAAGGGUGGCAGGUCGCAGAGUGACAGCAGCCCGGAGGGGGCUGAGCAGCAGGAGCUGCAGCCUUUGAUGGCCACGGAGGAGCAGGGCAGGAUGCUGCCCACCACCGAGCCCAGAUGGCUGAUGUUCAACAGAGCGAGCCACCUCUGAGGCAGACGGCGGGUGGGGAAGGGACCCGGGGCUGUGGACAGGCUGGGACCUGCUGACUGCUCUGCUGUCUCGCAUUGUGAAGCUUGUGUGUGUCUCCAUAAACUCCAGGAGAGCCCAGUACUCCUCCCGGAGCUGCGCUCCAGGGUGGGUUUUCCCCACGCACCUACUGAUGAAAAACUGGUCGAUAACUGGGCUUCAGGCUGCAACAGCAGGUUCCAACCCCCAGGGAGGCACAGACCCCAAACCUCUUUCUUUCUCUCUGGUCUCCUACUCAUCUUCCCAGUGCUGGGAGGCCAGAGAUGUUCCUCCCAGGGCUGGGAUCCCAGCUGGACUCAAUCCCGUCGUGGCUGUGCCACCCUGAGGUGUGGACGUGCUGGCUACUUCAAGGUGGUUCCUCACGGCAUGCGCGGAGCUCGGCCAGGAGCUCAGCCAGAGGUGUGCUCCUUGCCAUGGCAGCUCUGCGUUCCUCAGGUUGUAGAGGUACCACGGAGGCAAGGCCAUGACCUUCUCAGGACUGGGAGCAGUGCUCCUGGGGUUUGGCUCCACCAGGAGCCGGCCAAGUGAACCCGUACGCACAGGGACUCCUCUAGCAGCCAGCCUGCUGUGCCAGCCUCACGCCUCUCCUCUGGAUGUGUUCCCAGGAGCUCCGGUGUUGAGCUUUCUGGCUUUGCUGGGAGGCAGCUACCCUGCACAGCAUCCUCGGCAUUCCUCCUGCCCACCUCCCAGUCCCUCCAGUUGCCUGGGGGCCCAUCAGCUGGGAAGGCUGGUCGUGGAGCGAGCAGCAGGUAUGAAUGUACAUCAGGAACAGGGGCGAUGGGUGAGACAAUGAGUGCGUCUUCAAAGGUCUGUCCCCACCACCUGCCUCCCGGCCACCCCUGGGCCUUCCUGAGAGGGUGGUGGGACGCGGUGGCAAUGGCCCACACAGUGAAUUAUUCCUGGUGUGACCCCAAGGGCAGAGAAUUCCUCCCCAAGCUCUGGUUGGCAUGAAAAAGCUCAGCACAGCAACUUGGGCACCAGCAAAGUGGGUGGGUUGGGGAUGUUCCUCUUGGGGCAGGAUGUUCCUCUUGGGGCAGGAUGUUCCUCUUGGGUCAGGAUGUUCCUCUUGGGGCGGGAUGUUCCUCUUGGGGCAGAACGGGGACUUGGGCUGGUAAUGCCCCAAAACAGGUAAAGAACUGCCUGUCCCAGCUAGGUGGGGGGACGGCAGGCGUCAAGGGGAUACUUGGAUGCACCGGGUGAGUGAGCCCAAUGUGGGGUGAGCUGGUGGUACCCCCUGGUACUGUCAGCACGGCUCAGCAAAGGCCGUUCUGCUCUCAACCUGUUCCAUCAGAUGAGCAUGAGGUUUUUAAAAAGGUUUUUAUAUAGUUUUGCAUUUCGGGUAUGCCUUAUUCUGGUUUUGAUUUCUGAUACGGGGCCAUACUAAAUCUCUAGCUGGGUCAGUGUUUUCUGUAGCCAUGGGCACCACAAAUGACUCAAGACUUAAUAUCUUAUUUGCAAGAAUAUCGUUUUAAUGUGACAAUAUAUGCAGAGUAUUUUGUAACGUUCAAUAAACUGGAGUUGGAGCCGG